CCCCCCUCGUAUCCGACCCGCCCUUCACGCUUGGCCCAAGCGCCGCCCCUGUCCCUCUCCCGCCCCUAAAUAAAGUACCACGCGAUCCCAAAAGCUUGUCUAGCCUACCGGUCCCAGCCAAACAACCACGGCCCUGGACAUGACCCCUGGGGCGAUCGCAAUUGAUCUACGAUGGGUGCGCUUUCCAAGAUGCAGGGGUUAGAGCGGUUUUGGCGAGGAAUGCGGGAUACGAGAUGUUUUACGAAGGACGCGGUUUUCUCGGCCGGUAGGAUUGACGCAGUGGUGGAAAUUUGAAGAUGGGGAGAUGAACGGCGAAGUCUAUGGGCGGCAAGCUCACCGGUCUUGCGUGCGGUACUUCUUUCGAGCCGCGUCCUGUUCCUCCAGGCCAGCUAUCGCGUCAACUUUCUCACGCUCCUUUGACAGACUGAAUUCGGCUCUCGAAAUGGUCCUCUCGCGGACGUUCCUCGCGCUCUGGGCGCUGCUCUCGGUGACUCUUGCACAUGGGCCGAAGCUGCUCGAACGUUCGCCCGUGCAAGGCGUUGGGAUCUUGAAGAACGACGAUGGCUUUGGAUCAGAAGCCGUUGCGCAGGAUGAGAUUCAGGCGGCGUUGGCGCCGCCCUCGCAGCUAGCGAAGUCGAAGAACGCGACGAUGCUGCAGUUGAAAGAUCGCAGCUUGGAAUUGGUGGAUAGGCAGAGCUGUGAUGCAGGAUAUGGGUACUGCUCUGCAUUCGGCCGCUGCUGCCCCCUUUCCAGUAAAUGCUGCGCAUACGGAUACUGCAUCGACCCCGCCGACUCCUGCUGUCCCACCGGCCCCUGCGACCCCGGCUGGGACUGCUGCGGCUCCUACGCCUGCUCGCCCCCGGGCGGCGACUGCUGCGCCGACGGCAACUACUGCGAAGCGGGCAACAUGUGCGUGCUGCUCGGCUCCAGCGGGCGCGUCGUGUGCUGCACGAACCUUCAAUGCACCGCCGCCGUCAUCUCGGGCACAACCUCGUACCUGACGACCUCAACCCAAGCCCCCGAUCUCCCCAGCAUCACCGAGCCCCCAGCCACAACCCUCGGCGGCGGCGGCGGCAUCACAUACGAGACAUGGUACUGGACCGUCACCUGGUGGUACCUCUCCUUCUACUGGACCAUCUACCAGGCCCAGUCCACCGUUACCUACACCACGUACUACGAAACGACGACCUUUACUACCACCGCGACGGAUGAGUUCGAGGCCUCGUCGCUCUUCUCCGCGCUCUCGGACUCGCUGUCGUUUACGCCGCCCGCGGAGGCGACGAGCUUGGCGAGCUUGAUCGGCGUGCAGCCUAGCGAGACGGAAGCCCCGUCGUUCAGCUUUGGCGAUUUGACGACGGGGGUUGGUGGGCCCGCGCGGACGAGGGCGAGCAGCAGUUCGCGGUCGAGCACAACGUCGAGCGUGCCGGGCGUGAGUGCGGCUCCGAAUGGGCCGCCUGGGCCAGGCGCGAAUGCGGGGAGUGAGAUGUUUGUUAGAUGGGGGCUGGUUGGGGCGGGUGUGGUUAGCGGGGUGUUGAUGGUUUGGUUGUAG